GCAAGUUCCCCGCAUCGCAUAGGAGGGACUCGCUCACGACCGCUUCCUUUUAUCUUUGAAGCCAAAAACCCUACUCGAUCUGUACGAAGAUUUAAAUGGCAGAUGAAGAGGUCUCCGUAAGCUUCUCAGGUUCUUCGCAAUCGCAGCCGAUGGCUCCUCCUGGUCCUGUGGGGAGUUCGGUGAUUCCGAUUGUUAACAAGCUGCAGGACAUCUUUACGCAGUUGGGGAACUCAUCGACGAUCGAUUUACCGCAGGUGGCUGUCGUCGGGAGCCAGAGCAGCGGUAAGUCGAGCGUCUUGGAGGCAUUGGUCGGCCGCGACUUCUUGCCGCGGGGUUCGGACAUUUGCACGCGGCGACCGCUUGUGCUGCAGCUCAUGAAUAUCCUUCGCCGGUCUGAUGCGCCUGCGGAAGGGGGCGAGGAGUGGGCGGAGUUCCUGCACCUGCCCGAAAAUAGGUUUUAUAAUUUCUCCGAGAUACGCCGGGAGAUUCAGGCUGAAACUGAUCGUGAGGCAGGAGCAAACCAGGGAGUUUCAGACAAGCAAAUUCGUUUGAAAAUUUUUUCGCCAAAUGUUCUUAAUAUUACUUUAGUUGAUUUACCUGGCAUAACAAAGGUGCCCGUUGGUGAUCAACCAAGUGACAUUGAGGCUAGAAUUAGAACAAUGAUCUUAUCAUAUAUCAAGAAUGAUACUUGCAUUAUAUUGGCGGUUUCUCCAGCAAAUGCAGACUUAUCAAAUUCUGAUGCACUUCAGAUGGCUAGGAUUGUCGAUCCUGAUGGUUCUAGAACAAUUGGGGUCAUCACAAAGUUGGAUAUCAUGGACAAAGGAACUGAUGCACAGAACUUUUUACUGGGAAAUGUCAUCCCCCUCAGACUUGGCUAUGUUGGCAUUGUUAAUCGUAGUCAGCAGGAUAUCAACUUUAGCCGAAGCAUAAAAGAUGCACUGGCAAAUGAAGAAAAGUUUUUUCGCCUUCAUCCUGUAUAUCAUGGCCUGUCUCAUUGUUGUGGGAUCCCUCAGUUAGCCAAGAAAUUGAAUAAGAUUUUGGUUCAACAUAUCAAGACAGUUCUUCCAGGAUUGAAAUCUCAUAUUAAUUCCCAGUUGGUGGCUGUUGCAAAGGAACAUGCUGCCUAUGGUGAUGUUGCAGAAUCAAAGGCUGGCCAAGGCGUCAAAAUAUUGAAUAUUCUUACAAAAUAUUGUGAAGCUUUUACUUCUAUGAUUGAUGGAAAAAAUGCUGAAUUAUCAACAUCUGAGCUUUCUGGUGGGGCCCGAAUAUAUUAUAUCUUCCAGUCAAUAUUUGUGAGAAGUUUGGAGGAAGUUGAUCCAUGUGCUGACGUAACUGAUGAUGACAUUCAGAUGGCUAUUCAGAAUGCUACUGGUGCUAAACGUUCUUUGUUCUUACCUGAUGUGCCAUUUGAAGUUCUUGUGAGAAGGCAGAUUGGUCGUUUGCUAGAUCCAAGCCUUCAGUGUGCUAAAUUUAUCUAUAAUGAAUUGAUAAAGAUGAGCCAUGUCUGCCUAGCAAAUGAGCUACAUCGGUACCCUGUUCUUAGGAAAUGCAUGGAUGAUGUAAUUCGGAAUUUCUUACGUGAAGCCCUCCAGCCUGCAGAGACGAUGAUAACUCACCUGAUUGAAAUGGAGAUGGAUUAUAUAAACACUUCACAUCCAAAGUUCAUUGGAGGAAGCAAUGCUGUGGAGACGGCACAGCAGCAAGUCAAAGCUUCAAGAGUAGCAUUAUCAGUUUUCAGGCCCAAGGAAGGGUUGGAUACUGAUAAGUCGCAAACAUCUGAGAAAGCUCAAAAAACUAGAGCAGUUUUUUCUAGGUCAGGUGCAAAUGGAGUUGGUCAUGAGCAGGCUGCCGUGAGAUUUUUGCCCUUGCCCUUAUUUUCUUUCUACCAUGUUUUCAGAGUUCUUCACUGCAGAUUUCAUCAACAAUAUUCCCUUUAUGGUGUUCGACCUGUUGCUGAUUCUGACCGAGGUUCAUCUGGAGCAAGUGGAUCAAGUUGGGGCUUCUCAACAAUUUUCGGUGUGAGUGAAAACCGAGCAACUACAACAAACAGUUCAUCCAACAAACCUCAGAGCAUUCCUACUCAAAAUGUGGAUCAUUCACCCUCCAUGAUCCAACUAAGAGAGCCACCCGCAGUCUUGAAGCCUUCAGAAACUCAUUCGGAGCAGGAGACUUUGGAGAUUACCAUAACAAAAUUAUUGCUUAAAUCUUACUAUGAUAUUGUUCGGAAUAAUGUUGAGGAUACAGUUCCGAAGGCAAUCAUGCACUUCCUGGUGAAUCAUGCAAAAAGAGAAUUACACAAUGUUUGUAUCAGGAAGCUUUACAGAGAAAAUCUUUUUGAAGAAAUGUUGCGAGAACCGGAUGAAGUGAGUGCGAGGAGGAAAAAGAUUCGGGAAACUCUCCGGGUUCUACAGCAAGCUUACAGGACGCUUGAUGAAUUGCCAUUUGAAGCCGAGACUCUAGAGAAGGGCUAUUCUUUGGAUACAGAGUCGACUGGUUUACCUAAGAAGGGCUAUUCUUUGGACACAGAGUCGACUGGUUUACCUAAGGCCCAUCGCAGCGAUCAGAACACAGCUCACACUUCCUCUCCAAAGAACCCCAAGUUGAGGAAGUCAGCUCAUUCUGGAGAACAGCCAUCACCUCUAUUUCCCAACUCUGAUGCCAAUGUACGGGGACCAUUCACUUCAGAACCUUAAAUAGAAGCUAAGUAUGGUUAGUUUCAGAGCAGCAUACCUUCGUGGAUAAUAUGAUGCAAUUCAUAGGUUAUAUGCUUUACGUCUUUUUUUCCAAGCAGGGAAAGUGUCCAGUGCAUGUUGCUUGCAUGUAAAUAUAGUUAGGCACGAUCCUUAUUCUUUUUUGCUUAUAGUUUUGUUUUAUUUUUUAUUUUUUUGGAUAAAUUGCAAUAUAGUUUUGUUUGGAAUUAAUAACAUGAACUGUCUAGCUUUCUUAGCUGAAA